AUGCCUAUCUUUCCACGAAGAACAACACCCUUCCCGGAAUGCAAGGCAAUGACACCUCUGACGUUAAGGCUCAGGUCACGGCGCGCGGCCGCCGCGGCGUCGGUCGGUGCCGGGGAACCCCCUUCUGCUCUGGCCACCGGGGAUUCCCCUCCGCCCGCAGGACGCCCCAUCAGCCGCCGCUCGCGCUCCGAUCCCCAACGAACCUGA